AACAGGAAUUCAAACGUAUCAUAUGUUGUACUGUGUACAAGAAACUGAAGCUGUACAAAAAAAUCGCACGGUCACAGCACAACAUGUCUGUACGAUCUGUCUUGAAGACUUCCGUUAUAUAUUAAACAAACUGAAGUGUCAGUCAGUAUAAACAAUCUCAUAUGUUUCAACAGGUUUAUUUCAAAAUGCGGUUCGUCUGUGCUGUACCGACUUUACGGUUACCAGUUAAUCUGUUCGGCAUUUGAAACAAAAAAAUUUCAUAAUUAAUUUUAGUGAAUGGACAUUUUUUUUAUUUCAUUGUAGGAAGUGUUAGUUAUUGAGAUUGAGUAUUUGAUAUUAAAUCAUGUCACAUGGUGAAAGUAGACAGAAGAUCGUAAAAGACAUUAAAGAAAUUAAGGUAGGAGAAAAUACUCUGGAGCCUGAAGUAAUUUUGAUGGAAAAUGAAGACGUCAAGGUUAGUGGACAGGAGUUGCAAUUAAUUGGUUGAACCAGAUGAAUACAUGAGUUCCAUUCACAGUCCACACUCCUUUGAAAGUGCUGCUGGUCAGGAAGGAUUUGAGUUUGUUAUGGUGAAAAAUGAACCACAAGAUGACUCAUUCUGUGAACAGGAUUUUAGUAUACCAGAUGGGCAAAUUUCAACAAGCUAUGAAGAAUUGAAUGAUCUUCAUGAUGGCUCUGCUGCUGGUUGUAGUGGACUUUCACCAAAGAGAGGUACAAAGAAUGUGGCCAAUACUCAAUAUCCACCCGGUAGUAAACAGACUUUUCAUGUGUGUGGGGAGUGUGGUAGAAUUUUCAAGAAGCCCAGCAAAUUGAAAUCACAUUUUCUGGUACAUACUGGAGAAAAACCUUUCAAGUGUGAAGUAUGCAACAGGGGAUUUAAGUCCAUCUACCACCUGAAGACGCACUGCAAAAUUCAUACUGGAGAGAAGCCGUAUGUGUGCAAUAUAUGUGGUAAAGAAUUCUCACAACCGCGUCAUUUAAAGACACACAUGCUUAUUCAUACGAGUGAGAAACCAUAUUCUUGUAAAGUGUGUAAUAAAGAUUUUGCACAACUAGGAAAUCUGAACAAACAUUCAUUGAUCCACACUGGAGAAAAGCCACAUGUAUGUAAUGUGUGUAAUAAACAGUUUUCGCGACUCGAUAAUUUAAAAACUCAUUCCCUUAUUCACACUGGGGAAAAACCACAUGUUUGUGAAGUUUGUGGAAAGAUGUUUCAGCAUGGUAGCAAUUUUUUGAAACAUAAACAGAUCCACACAAGAGACUAAUGUUAGAUUUGUAUUACAAUUAAAAUUAACAUAAGAGAAAUAACCUUAAAGAUUACUGAAGUGAUAUGAGGAGUAGUGCAGUGAACUCCUUGAAACAUAUGGGUAUAAAGACUGGCAUGUGUUGAAUUAAUGUUGUAAAUAUGUAAUCAUGUACAUUCUUGAUGAUGACUGUCUUCUGGGUUGUUGCACUGUGUAGUCUGGUAGGAGCUUAUCAAUAUUUCAGAGAUUAUUCAUAAGACAGUUAUCUUCAUACUCACUGUGAGAACCUCAAAUCUCUUGUGGUAUAUUUUUAUAUGCUGUCUCAAUGCAAGAAUAUGAAAGGUGUAGUUCAACAUCUAGAUUGAUGAUAUACCAUGUUUUCAAAAUGUGUGUAGAUAAUUUUAAACUAUAUGUACACAAAUUAUAGGUCUGUAAUUUUAUUUUUAAAUGUAAUAAGAUAAUUUUAAACUAUAUAAAACACUUUAUAUAUUUGUGAUUAUAUUUUUAAUGUGACAUUUUAAACAACAAUUUUCAGUGAGGGAAUUAAUUUCAAUGUAAUCUGAUUUUAUUUAGCCACUGUAUAGCUUUACAGAGAAAUGUGUGAAUAUAUGACCCAGUACCAUUCUGUACAGAGGAAAAUAUUUU